AUGGUUUCAAGGAACCAAAGGGAAGAAACAAGAGCAGAUGACACAACACUGAUGGCUUCAGAUUCACGACACCAGUCCAUAGUGAAAGGAAACAAUGGCUUGCCACCUGUGGAUCGGCUAUUGAAGUUUCUGGUGGACAGUUCUGCAGAUUGUGAAGAGGUGGUACAGUGUGCGAACUGUGACCUACAGAGUAAGAAACAGGAUGCUGAUGUGAUGUAUUACUGCAACACCUGCAAUCAGCCAUUGUGCUUCAAGUGCCGUGAUGAGACUCACAAAGCAAAAAUGUUCUCUCGCCAUGAAAUUGUCACUUUGGCAAAACGUACAAAAGACAUUCACAAAAAAUGCCCUCUUCAUGAGGAAUCUUACAUUAUGUUCUCCACCGAAAAAAAAUCCAUGUUGUGUAUCAACUGCUUUCGUGACAUGCAAGUGGAAAACCGGGCACACUGUAUCGAUAUUGAAACAGCAUACAUGCAGGGCUGUGAGAAACUUGACCAGGCAGUAAUGGCUGUGAAGGAGUUACAGACAUCAGCCCGUGAGGCGAUUGUUUUACUGAAAGCAAUGAUUGAUGAGGUCCAGUCGAAUGCUGAAGAGGAGGAUAAUGCCAUAACCACCCUGUUCAACAAUAUGCAGGAAAGACUUGCAGAGAGGAAAAAGAUGUUACUAAAAGCAGCACAGAGUCAACAUGAGGAGAAAGAGAAAGCUUUCAAGGAGCAGCUAUCUCAUCUGGCCUCACUUUUACCUACUCUGCAGGUUCAUCUUGUGACAUGCUCUGCCUUCCUCAGCUCUGCUAACAAAUCAGAAUUUCUUGAUUUAGGCUAUCAAUUGAUGGAACGUCUACAGAAAAUAGUUAAGCUACCUCACCGACUUAGACCAACUCAGAGCAGCAAGAUAAACACAGAGUACCGUGCAGAGUUUGCUCGCUGUUUGGAGCCAUUACUGAUGCUGAAUCAGCGCAGAUCAACAUCCUUGAAUGGAAGUAGCAGCGGAACAGGCAUUAGCAAUGGAAAUAUUAUGAUUUCAGGAGGACCAACCUAUAAGACGCUGGUGGUAUCAGGCUCUUCUUCAUCUUCAAGUGACAUGUCCAUAUCCACCUCAGUACCCCACAAGCCCACUUCUCACCGAUAUAUCAGUACAAAGGUCCUCCUUGCUGAGGGAUGUGAUACACCUUUUGCUGAACAUUGCCGCAAUUACGAAAACAUGUACAGGGCCCUGCAGUUAGAAAUACAGUGUCUAAAAGACCAGGUUCAGGAGAUGCACAGAGAUCUCACUAAGCAUCAUUCACUCAUCAAGACAGAUGGCAUGGGAGACAUUCUUCAGAAAUCGCUUGAAGUUGACAUCCAGAUUGCAUCAGAGUACUCAUCUGUAGAAAUGAUGAGGAGCAUGUUUGAAGAGGUAAGAUGUGAUUCCUGA